UCACUUUACCCAAAGAAGUUCAACUUUGUCAUUUCCAAAAAUAUGUAAUAUAUUUUGGCGGUUUCAUCAUACAAGCACAUCCCGCUUGUGUAGCUGCAGCAAAACAGUUAGUGAUGAAAAAUACCAAGACCCUUUUCAGCUUGGUAGAAAAGACUUGAAGAAUCUCUAUGAAGAUAUUAAAAAGGAAUUACUUGUAUCUACAGCAGAACUUAAGGAAAUGUGUGAUUAUUACUUUGAUGGGAAAGGAAAGGCCUUUCGACCAAUGAUUGUGGUGCUAAUGGCAAGGGCUUGCAACAUUCACCAUAGUAAUUCCAGGGAGGUGCAAGCAAGCCAGCGCUCUGUGGCCAUAAUUGCCGAGAUGAUCCACACAGCUAGCCUCGUUCAUGAUGAUGUUAUUGAUGAUGCAAAUUCUCGCAGAGGAAAAAUGACAGUCAAUCAAAUCUGGGGAGAGAGGAAGGCUGUUCUAGCUGGUGACUUCAUCCUCUCAGCUGCUUCUGUAGCUUUAGCACGAAUUGGAAACACUACUAUCAUCUCUGUUCUAACUCAGGUGAUUGAAGAUCUGGUGCGUGGUGAAUUCCUCCAGUUGGGUUCCAAGGAAAAUGAAAAUGAGAGAUUUGCUCACUACCUCGAGAAGACUUUCAAGAAGACUGCGAGUCUUAUAGCAAACAGUUGUAAAGCAGUUUCAAUUCUGGGCUGCCCUGAUCCCAAAGUUCAUGAGAUUGCAUACCAGUACGGAAAAAACGUUGGCAUAGCUUUUCAGCUGAUAGAUGAUGUUCUGGAUUUUACAUCAUGUGCUGACCAUCUGGGGAAACCAGCAGCAGCAGAUCUCAAGCUUGGAUUAGCCACAGGCCCUGUCUUGUUUGCUUGUCGACAGUUUCCAGAAAUGAAUGCUAUGAUAAUGAGACGAUUCAGUAAGCCAGGAGACGUUGAACGUGCUCGGAAAUACGUGUUGCAGAGUGAUGGUGUGCAGCAAACGACCUACCUCGCCCAGCGCUACUGCCAUGAAGCUACAAGAGAGAUCAGUAAACUCCGGCCGUCCCCUGAAAGAGAAGCCCUCAUUCAGCUGACAGAAAUGGUACUCGUGCGAGACAAGUGAGAGAAUUCCUUCCACUCGUUCUGGCAGCUACUUACCAGACUGUGCCUACAUUUACUUCAAAAGUUAAUUGCUUCUGACAUGUGCUACCAAAAAUUAUUUUUUUAAAAAAAAACCACCUUUUUUUUCCUUGAAGUUCUACUUUUUUUAAAAAAAAAAAAAAAAAAUUCGAAGUGUUUUUAAUUGUGGGAAGCCAUGCAAUCCCAAGCAAAUCGGACUGUGCUGUACAGUUGUUUUAGUGUGGGCUAUUAAUCAUGGGGGUGGCUGGGGAAGAUGUUUACACAUUGAUGCACAAAGGCCACAGUGAGAAUAAAU